AUGUCUGCCGCCGGUGCCAAGUCCGUCAUCUCCAACGACAUGCAGGAGUUGGGUCAGGGCAAGGAAGACAUCUCCAAUAAAAUAUCUGGCCACAAGGCCAACCUCUCCAACCCCAACACGAGCGAGGAGUCCAAGGAGAACAGCAGAAAGGCGAUCGAGGAGCUCGGCGGACCUGACAACCACUACGGCAAGGAGGACGGCCCACGCAGUAAGAGCGCGGCCGAUGCAUUGGAGGGCAGCCGCGUCGUUUAA